AUGGCUAGAAAAAGCACCAAUCCUUUUUGGAGCAGGGAAGACCCUUCAUAUGAGGAUCUGACACUUCCCUGCAAUGCCAGACUGGGUCCCCCAGUCCCAGAUCUUCACCCAAAUCAACCUCACCCAACUCUCCCCAAUAGCCCUUCUACACACUCUCUCAGCAACCCUUUUGCAACUCCCCCAUCAAGUCCCUCUAUCAGCCCAAUAUCUACACCACCACCAGCCAUAUCCUCAGACAGAAGCUCCCGCAAAGUUGGCAUUUAUGGUUCUUCCUCUUCCUCCCUAAGCAGCUUAUCCUCCGAAAGUCUCACCAGCAAUCUUCUUCGAUCUCAAUCUUCCAAAAAGCCAUCACUAUGGACUAGAUUCUGGCGCUCGCUGAACAAUCAGUUCUCACCCAAGGCCUUCUGGGAACUCAUCCACCCGAAGGAGUACAUCUACCCCAUGACGCUCAAGAAAGGCGCUACACUUGCAUUCGUCAUGUCUUGCGUUGCUGCACUUGUGAUAUCGAAUUGGUUCACUGGUUGGAUGGGAAAGGCCAUUGCUCAGACUCGCAGUUACAUGCUACCUGUUCUUGUCAUUGUUCUGACCCUUGAACCUCUUAUGUUUCUUAUAAUCUUGUCUAUUGCAAGGGUUCCGCCAUACAACCCUCCCAAGACGGCUUCCUUACCAGUUGCUGAGGAAGUUCUGAGUGAGAAGAACCCGGAUGAUCUGGAGCGUGGUUUGGCGGUGACGGAGGCUUGGGAAACUGCCUUUGUCAUUCCCUGUCACAACUCAGAUCGCGAAGCUUUGAGAAAGGUGAUAGAAUCAGCCUAUCCCCAUUUCAGACCUCAAGACAUCUUCAUCAUUGAUAACGGUCGAUCUCGACAUCCACAAGACCUCUCCUUCCGCCACUGGCUCAAGAAUCUCCAUCCCGACCUUGUCUACAUCUGGUCGCCCAUCGGUUCAAAGAACGCAGCUCAACUCGUCGGUUCUUUAGCAGCCAAAGACUACAAGUACAUCCUAACAACAGACGACGACGUUUCUCUCCCCGAAAACUACCGCCAUCCUAUUCAUCUUCUGAAUGACCACCUACGAGCCGUUGCUUUUCCAUUAGCAGGCACCGAUGCAGAUGGUAACACCCCCCUAGGCAUGGUCUCUUGGCAAGAUUGCGAGUACCGUAUGGCUGGUCUUGUCAAACUCGCUGAGGAUCGCACAUGCGGUGUUAACUUUCCCCACGGCGCUGGAUGGUUCGUUGAUCGCGAUGUAUUCGUUGAGCUCCUUUCGAAAUAUCAUCCUAUGGACUUUAUCGCGGAAGAUGCGAAUGCUGGGUUCUCUAUUAUGCGUCUUGGGAAGGGCAUUGCUUUCGAUGCUCAGGUUACGCUUGCAACUGAAGUCCCGGCGACUGUGCUUGGUCCGGGGCUAAACUGGUGCAAGCAGAGGAUCAAGUCAUGGGAGAUGGGAAGACAUAGUCUGAUCUGGAAGAUAAUGCGUCACCUAUUCCGCAUGAACGGCCAACGGACUAUCCAAGGAGUUCUCAUGCAAAAGGGACUCUUUCUUUACAUACUGGCCUGUCUAGUCAUCGACUGGGUCCGCAUUCCCGUCCUAGUCGCUCUUGGUGCACACAAGGAAUACUGGAUCUUCUUCUUCGGUCUCGCCUUUGUCGCGUGUCUUCCUCCCCUUCUCUACAACUAUCUUAGUUGCUGGCACCGUCCUGAUAUGCGCAUUAGACUUGUUACAAUUGCUACUUAUCCGGUUUACAAGCAGCUGUAUAGUUUUGUGUCAGUAUUUGGCGCUGUUCGUUGGGCAUUGUUUUAUAUUGGGGGACAUGUUAGAGCGAAACCUAUUCGGAAGAUGCUCAAGGAUGGAGAUGAAGCAUGUUUCUGGCUGGAUCCCAGAUUCGAGACGAAUCCUGCUUGGUUGGCGGAUGAGAAGGAAAAGAUGCUAGCUGAUGAAUUGGCAAUGAGAGUUGUCAGAUCAACAUAA